UGUGCAUGUGAUGGUCAGGCAGGGAAAAAAAAAAACAGACCCAAGUGAACCGGGCUCCAUGUCCGUCGCCUCUUGGUGUUGUUCUUGCCAAAGGUUGGGUUGACUUCACCAUCCAUGAGUUCAGGGAUGGAGGAGAUCAGCAAGAGGCAGCAUCAGCACCACUUCGUGCUCGUGCACGGCCUCUGCCACGGCGCGUGGUGCUGGUACAAGGUGGCCACCGUCCUGGAAUCCGCCGGCCACCGCGUCACCGCGCUCGACCUGCCCGCGUGCGGCGCCAGCGCCGUGCGCGCCGAGGAGGUGCGCUCGUUCCAGGAGUACUCCCGGCCGCUGCUCCGCGUCGUGGCCGCCGCGCCGCCGAGGGAGAAGGUCGUCCUCGUCGGGCACAGCUUCGGCGGGCACAACCUCGCGCUCGCCAUGGAAGCCCACCUGGAGAAGGUCGCCGUCGCCAUCUUCGUCUCCGCGCCCAUGCCGGUCGCCGGCUGGCCCAUGUCAGCGGUCCUGGAACAGCAUCUCCAAGGAGAUUCAGCGUCGCAUUCCUUCUUGGAUUGCACAUUUGGAAUUGUGGGGAGAGGCUCGGAGAAUCCAGCGGAAACAUUCCUGGUCGGCCCCGAGUGGAUGUCACGGAGGAUGUAUCAGCUCAGCCCUCCAGAGGAUCUGACACUUGCCAGGUUGCUGGUUAGGCCGGCGCAGAUGUUCCUUAGGGACGAGGUCAUGACCGGGGAGAAAGUUCUGAUGGAGGGCAGGUACGGCGUGGUGAGCCGAGUCUUCGUCGUCGCCGAGGAAGACAAGACGUGGCCGGCGAAGGAGCAGCGGCGGAUGGCGGCCUCCUAUGGCCCCCGCAUGGAGGUGAGAGCGAUCCGUGGAGCAGAUCACAUGCCCAUGUUCUCAAAGCAAGCGGAGCUCGCGCAGCUCAUCAUGGAAGUAGCGGAAAAGUACAGUUGA